AUGGUUAGAUGCCUGCAAAACCCGCGGUCACAUUUCGGGUUUGUCGAAGCGUUCAAGGCCAAGUUGCGAUGCUGGCUCCAUGGCCCUGGCGGCCGCCGGAUCCAGGACCUAAAACUUCCAGAUGACCUUCCAACAGGUGUGCAUGUAGUCAUGCUCAUGACCCGACGGAAGCACAUCGAGCAUGCAGACUCUUGGCUAGGGGUGCGGACGGCUUGGGAGCGCCUCCUCAUGGAACGCAGCCUCGCGUUAAAGGGCGAGAUGCAGAUGUACAUUUGUUGCUUGCUGCCAUGGUUCUGGCCCUUGCGAUGGAUGUGGCGGUAUCGAAUUCGACAUUGGGCCAGCCUGCUGCUAGAGGAGGAACAUACACAGGUCCACAUCAUCUCAACAGCUUCGUGGUCCAGAGAUUUCUUUCAGCGAAUGCACAUACACGACGACGGGCGAGCCUACACGAUGGUGGUCCGACAUGAUGGCGAGAUUCUGUGGGCCGGACACGACAAGUUCCAGCCUCUUCAAGAGCGCGAGAUGGUAAGCGUGGUCGACAAGGAGUGCCAGUGGAGGGCAGACGAAGCUCAGAAGUUACUUACAGGUGGAGGUGUUGACGCAAUCGAUUCUCCAAAGGACGAAUCAGCUUUCGAAACGGAAAAAGCUGUGCCACGUUUGCCGAGACAUGUCAGCUAG